GCACACAACAUGGCGGCCGAGAGUGGCAGCGAUGCUCAGCUGAGAAGAAGGCGGCGCCGGGACCCAGACGAUCGGGAAAAGACGGAACUCGGCGACCGAGAACUGGCCAUGGCGGUGGCGGCGAGCGAAGAAAAUGAAGACGAGAGUGAAGAGCGUUGGGUUGGGCCUUUACCGGUGGAGGCGACCCUGGCCAAGAAGAGGAAAGUUCUAGAGUUCGAAAGAGUCUAUCUUGAUAAUCUCCCCAGUGCAUCCAUGUAUGAGCGCAGUUACAUGCACAGAGAUGUUAUCACACAUGUGGUAUGCACCAAGACAGAUUUUAUUAUCACUGCCAGUCAUGAUGGACAUGUUAAGUUUUGGAAAAAAAUAGAAGAAGGAAUAGAAUUUGUUAAACAUUUUCGCAGUCAUCUUGGAAUAAUUGAGAGUAUUGCAGUUAGCUCUGAGGGAGCAUUGUUCUGUUCUGUGGGUGAUGAUAAAGCAAUGAAGGUAUUUGAUGUAGUGAACUUUGACAUGAUCAAUAUGCUGAAGCUUGGCUAUUUUCCUGGACAAUGUGAAUGGAUAUAUUGCCCAGGAGAUGCCAUAUCUUCAGUUGCUGCUUCUGAGAAGAGUACAGGAAAAAUUUUCAUUUAUGAUGGUCGAGGAGAUAAUCAGCCACUUCAUAUUUUUGACAAACUUCAUGUAUCGCCUCUUACUCAAAUAAGACUAAACCCAGUUUAUAAAGCAGUAGUAUCUUCAGACAAAUCUGGAAUGAUCGAAUACUGGACUGGACCUCCUCAUGAAUACAAAUUCCCUAAAAAUGUGAACUGGGAGUAUAAAACUGACACAGAUUUAUAUGAAUUUGCCAAGUGUAAGGCUUAUCCAACCAGCAUAUGCUUUUCACCUGAUGGAAAGAAAAUAGCAACCAUUGGAUCAGAUAGAAAAGUUAGAAUUUUUAGGUUUUUAACCGGAAAACUCAUGAGAGUCUUUGAUGAAUCAUUAAGUAUGUUUACUGAACUGCAGCAGAUGAGGCAACAGCUACCAGACAUGGAAUUUGGCCGACGAAUGGCUGUAGAACGUGAGUUGGAAAAGGUGGAUGCUGUAAGAUUAAUUAAUAUUGUUUUUGAUGAAACCGGACACUUCGUGCUAUAUGGAACAAUGCUGGGCAUUAAAGUUAUAAAUGUAGAAACAAAUCGGUGUGUGCGGAUCUUAGGCAAGCAAGAAAAUAUUAGAGUGAUGCAACUGGCUUUGUUUCAGGGAAUAGCAAAAAAGCACCGAGCUGCAACAACUAUAGAAAUGAAAGCCUCUGAAAACCCUGUUCUUCAGAAUGUUCAAGCUGACCCAACAAUAGUCUGUACAUCUUUCAAAAAGAAUCGAUUUUAUAUGUUUACCAAAAGAGAACCAGAAGACACAAAAAGUGCAGAUUCUGACCGAGAUGUUUUUAAUGAGAAGCCUUCUAAAGAAGAAGUCAUGGCAGCUACUCAAGCUGAAGGACCAAAACGAGUUUCAGAUAGUGCCAUUGUCCACACAAGCAUGGGAGACAUUCACAUCAAACUUUUUCCUCUUGAGUGUCCCAAGACAGUGGAAAACUUUUGUGUUCACAGCAGAAAUGGUUAUUACAAUGGGCACACAUUUCACCGUAUCAUUAAGGGCUUCAUGAUUCAGACAGGAGAUCCAACAGGUACUGGUAUGGGAGGAGAAAGCAUAUGGGGAGGAGAGUUUGAAGAUGAAUUUCACUCAACAUUACGACAUGACAGACCGUACACACUAAGCAUGGCCAAUGCUGGAUCAAAUACUAAUGGAUCCCAGUUUUUUAUAACAGUAGUACCGACGCCGUGGCUUGAUAAUAAGCACACUGUGUUUGGACGAGUGACUAAAGGAAUGGAGGUUGUGCAGAGGAUUUCCAAUGUUAAAGUCAAUCCAAAAACAGAUAAGCCUUAUGAGGAUGUCAGCAUCAUCAAUAUCACUGUCAAAUAAAAGGGACAUAACACGAGACUGUUUCACAUUUGGAAAUUUAAUACUUGAUGAAUAUGGAAAUCGUGUUAAAAGAUAAAACUGUAUUUUUGUAUUUUUAGUUAAAGGUCAUUUUUAAAAACUGCCUUUGGUUUUUCUUGGACUAGUUCUGAUCUUAAGGGUGACAACUAAAUUCAGGUAAAUAACAUUUCUUAUAGGCAAGUACUCUUCUGAUUCAAAUUCAAUAUUAAAUAAUGGGUUUUGGUGUAUAUUUCCUCAAUUUCAAAAACACGCUCUUAUAGGUUUAGUGACCCUUAAAGAAAAAGAUCAAAAGACAUUAUAUUUAUUCCUUAUAAAAUAUCCUUUAAAUUGAAGUAUCAAAUAAAUGACCACUUGAAUUUUUAUUUUUAAUGAACACUGUUUUCAUUUGCUUUUCCUAAUGUAGCUAAGUAAUUUUUUUUCUAAUGAGUUACAUUUUAAUUCAGUAACCAUCAAGAAUAAAAGUAAAAUUUAGUAUCCUACAGUAGAAUCUAUUAAUAGGUGUGGUGGGAUGUGUCUGUCAUCCCACCUAGCACAUGUGAUAUGAAGGUAAAGGCCAGCCUAGACUACAUAAUGCCUGGAAACAAAUUCUAACAGUACAACGAGUCUAAAGUCUUCAUUGAUAAUAUUCUUCAACUCCUUUAACUGCUAACAACAGAUUCUGUCUUCUAGACAGCCUCUUCAGAAACUUAAAAAAGGGACAUCUCAGUAGAGCUGCUUCAGGAGCCCUGUUCCUACCACUGAUCAAUACCAUCAUUUCAUUUGGUAUGAAAAUGCAACCUGCAAGAUGAAAAAGUAUGUCUAAUUGUGCCUUCAAACUGUGAAGCAAGGUGGUGGUGGUGGUGCAGGCUCUAAUAAUCUCAGCACUUAGGAGGCAGUGGCAGGCAAUCUCUGUGAGUUCCAGGCCAACCUGGUCUAACGGAGGGAGUUACAGGACAGCCUGUAUUCACAGGGAAAUUCUGCCUCAACCACCCCUACCCCUUCCAAAAAAGUGAAACAAAAAGAUAAAUUUUGGUCAGGCAGUGGUGGCGCACACCUUUGAUCCCAGUGCUCAGGAGGCAGAGGCAGGCACAUCUCUGAGCUAUACGCCAGCAUAGUCUACAGAUGAGUUCCAGGACAGAGCAGGAUACCCAAAUACACUGUCUUGUAACCCUCCUCCCCCAAAAGGAAUUUUAAAGAGAAUUUGAGCUUACUCCAUUAAGGAUUUUGUUACAUUUACUUUUUACUUACAAGUAUUACACUCAUCCUCAAAGUAAAAUUUUGGUAAUACUGCUAUCAAGUGGUAAUAAUGCCUCAUUCCUCAAACAUUCAAGUAUUUUGCUUUAAUUAAAGAAUCAUACUAUGCAACCAAUGAAUUGGUUUCAUAUCAUUUUAUUUGAAAUAGGGUCUCAUGUAUCUCAGGUUAGUCUCAAAGUCUCUAUGUAGCUAGUGAUCCCUCCCAAGUGCUAGGAUCACAGAUACAUACCAUGAUGCCCAAUUUAUGCAGUACUUAUGGAGCUGGAACCCAGGGCCUUAUGCAUAUUACCAUGUAUUCUACCAACUGAGCUACACUGCUGCCCUUGAAUUAUUAUUAAUGCACAAUCUCACGUUUAGUCUGUUUUCUCUUUUGGAAGAAUACAUGUGCACAUCAGUCUCCCCUGGUACCAAUUUGUAAAAUGAGGACUUUUCCAAUGUUAUAUAAGCAUUAAAUAAAUAUUAUUUUUU